UUGAGUGCAAACUACCCAUUUUGUUCCUGAAAUAUUUUCAUUCCCCCCACACCAACCAUUUUGCCGUCAUUUCAAAAUCAAACCCUCUCUCAUUCUCUCACUAUCCUUCUCUAGCUGUCUGCUUCGCAUUUUCCGGAUCUGCUGUGUGUCUUCACCCACGACUACUGACACCGGAGCGGGGGUUGGUUCGUCGGCGACCCGCAGUGCAGUGCAAACGUAGGUAAGACGUUGUUGAAGGUGAUUCGUGCUUUUCUCCGCUUGGCUUAUAUUGUGGCUUCCAAUUGUAAGAUCCGAUCGGGAUGAGUUGUGGACAUCUCGAAGAACAACUCCAGCUUUCUCUAUGGCGGUCGUGUGAGUAAGGUAUGUUUACGUUACCGUUCGGGGUCAUACUGUUUAACAUGUGAAAACACUAUUGCGGUUUAUGUGUGCUCGGGGUUCUCCAAUGUGUGUAAUACUUACGUGUUGAGUUAAACGGCCCAUUUGUUGGUGUCUUAGAUGAGAAACCAUACCAGUAACUACUAUCGGCUGUACAUGGUGUUAGAAGAUGUUAUCAAUGUUUACCGAGUUGAAACCGCGAUACUCGUACAUAGAUAUAUCGCCGCUAGUAGCAGACGGCAACGCCGGGCCAUUGUUGACCAGGUUAGACACUACAGCGUGAUUAAUAGGAUGCCAUUGCAAAUCAAGCAUCUAGACCGUUUGGUGGGUGUAACGGAUUACGAUUGUGUGGCUAACCUACGGAUGGACCGGAAUACUUUUGGGCGUCUUUGUUGAAUCCUAUCAGAUCGGGCUGGGUUAAUCACAGGCAAGUGCGUCGGUGUUAAAGAACAUGUGGCUAUGUUUUUGUGUCUCCUUGCUCACCACCAAAAGAACCGCGUCGUCAAGUUUCGGUUCUGGCGAUCCGGUUCCACCGUGUCGCACUAUGUGAAUAAAGUAUUGGCUGCGGUCCUAAGCCUACACGAGGUCCUUCUGACCAAACUUGUUCCCGUUGCAGACGACUGUACUGACAAUCGAUGGAUGUGGUUUAAGUGUUGUCUUGGAGCGCUUGAUGGCACCCACAUCAACGUGUUGGUCGGGAAUACAGAUAAGCCGAGAUAUCAGACACGAAAGGGCCAGAUUACGACAAACACUUUGGCGGUGUGCGACCGGAACAUGCAGUUCGUGUUCAUACUUCCUGGUUGGGAGGGUUCUGCCGGUGAUUCUCAGGUUUUACGCGAUGCCGUUUGUCGUGUUCCUGGGUUUAAGGUACCUCAAGUUUGUUAUUACCUUUGCGACAAUGGGUAUGCAAAUAGCAAUGGGUUCUUGACUCCGUACAAGGGUGUGCGAUAUCAUCUGAAGGAAUGUGGGCCAUGCAACGAGGCGCCGCAAAAUCCAAAGGAGAUGUUCAAUAUGCGACAUACAAAAGCGAGGAAUGUCAUCGAGCGUGCCUUCGCCGUGUUGAAGAUGUGUUGGGGUAUCCUUCGGUCAGCUUCGUAUUAUCCGAUCCAAACUCAAAUUAGGCUGAUUAUGGCUUGUUUUUUGUUUCAUAACUAUAUCCGUCGAGAAAUGCCCGUUGACCCCAUCGAAGCACAAUUACAUGGUGUCGACGAAAUCCCGAAUAUUCAUUGCGAUACAGAAGUUGAUUAGGUAGAAAACGUUGAGCCAACGGCUGCUUGGUAAGCAUUUCGGGAUCAAUUAGUUGAACGGAUGUGGAAUAGUAGUCAUCGUGGGCAGUAACCACAAUAUGAUCUUUCCAUAGGACAAACACGUUAAUCGUUGUCGUGUAUUUUGACUAUUUUAUUAUGUAUUUUUUAGAGGAACCCCCUCAAUUUUUUCAAUUUUGGUACGAUUUUAUGAUUGGCUUUUCGUUGUGAUUUCAUGUUGCAUUCUUUUUUUGCAGUGUUUGUGAAUCAGAUAUGAGUUUGGAAGAUAUCACCCCACAUUGCGUUUGUGGCCAAGGACAAAUGUCUUUGAAAAUGCACCGGAAAAACAGCAAAAAACGCGGGACGCUUCUACUACAAAUGUCACAAGAAUCUGGAUCAUCCAGGCGCGUUCAAGUGGACCAACAAGUACAUUCAUCCACAUCUCACGGGACCUGUCGGAGGAGUCGAAGUUCCGAUGACAACCCACUAUUUGCCGGCAAACUAUGAAUCAAAACACACCAAAUGCCCUUGCCAUCUGCAAUGCGGCAACGUAAACAAAUGGUGGAUGCCGUCGUCGAUUGUGCUGGGCUUCAUGGCAGUGGUGCUUGUGUUGCUUGGUGUUGUUAUUGGUAAAAUUAGCUGAUAUAUGGCAACAAAUGUUUAUAACAAUAUUUCCUACUGAAUACCGAUUGAUAAAUGCAUAAGGGAAUGUGGUAGUACUUAUCACAUUUCAUACUAACACAUUUUCAUCAAACCACACGCGAAACAAAGUUCAAAAAAUGAUACUACAAACAUCCAUGCAAACAUACAUCAACCAUAAUACAAAUAAACAUACUACUAAUACUGACACUAGGCACGUUCAAACCACACGUAGAAGGUGAUCUCGUCAGCGUUCACUAACUUGAAAUGGCAACGGUCCCCCUCAACUAAACGAUUUGCACGCCUGAAACUCUUCCACCCGUGUUUGACCAAGAUUGUAGAGUUGUUGUACAAGAGAGUGCGUCGCCAGGUAUCAUCUUCGGUGAUGAAAUAAAUUUGAAUAUGCAGUUGCCAGAAAGCAAACGGUAUCUCGAGAGUACCGGAAAAAUUCGAUCUCGUCAUGUUAACAACAAACGUUGGACGACCAUCUAUAUCGAGUGCACCCUGAUCGUGGGGUAGGAAUACUUUAGUCAACAAUGCAUUAAUUCACAUACUAUAAAAACUCACCUCUCUUCUCUAUUUCUUUCAUUUUCACCAAGUAUCGCCUAAUACCCCCAUCACUCCGUCCACUUCCAUCCACCAUCCCAACUUGCCGCCGGCUAAGAAAGACAAAGACAUCCUUCUUCCGAUUCUGCCCGAGUGUUAUGACAGUGGCUUACCCUACUCCCAAGGCCGCUACCUUUACUUCAAACAAUGGGCGCCAAAGGACGACAAGAUGUUGCUUGAUUUCAUGAUCAUGGCUAAGGAAAAGGCGAAGGCUACCGGUCGUCAUGAAGAUUUCUCUGAUGAGUUUGCAAGAAGUGCGAAGGAUGUGCUAAGUGAGAAGUUUGAGUGAUACCAAGGAUGUCGGGAUAUCAAGGACCGCGUCGACUUUCUAUGCCAACGGUACAAGUCAUUCACGUUUGUGAUUAACUACCCAGGCACCGAGUGGGAUGUCGAGGAGUACGUGAAGGCCUCAGAUGAGACGUGGGAAGAAAUGAUAAUAGUGAGUAUCUGCAUUAUGUAACAAGAUGGGAACUAAUUCUCCCCAAACCCUAAUUUGUAACUCAUUCUUCGUUUUUUUUGCAGCCCGAGUAUGCCAAACUGUGCCGUCUUUUUAAGCCAACGGAUGGGGAUGAUGACGAUGUCGCCGCCGUUGCUAACUCUGGGCCAUCCACUAGUGGGGUGUGAAAACAUGUUUAUGCUUUGUAGUCUAUCGAAGUAUGCAUGUUAUGUAGUAUGUAGUGGUUUGUGUGGUGUUAAGUACGUGUGUCGAAGUUAUAUGUGAUUGUUAUGUGUAGUAUGUGGGUUUUUUUAGGAUUGGUGUGUAUGUUAUGUGUCAACAGCGUCGACGUAACCAUUGUUAAUGCCGUCGGAUUUGUAUGUUGAUUGCCUUAAUUUUGGGGAAAUGGUGAAAGGAAUCAACAUUUCCGGUUAA